CUUGGGGAGAGAUUUCCUCUCACCUCGCUGUAAUCGUUGUUUCUCAGAUAUAAACGGUGUCAGAGUUUCAGCUUCUCACAGUUUGGUCAAAUAUUUCAAGUUCAGGACUGCUCAGCCGCACAAAGAAACAUAAAUCUCUGUGUCCCUCACAGGGAGAAGAUGAUCUGCAGGAUCCUGCUGCUCAUCAUCCUCACAUCACAUGUCUGUGCAGCAACAUUUGUAGUGAAUGUGACACAGAGCUCCUAUCAGACAGAGGAGAACCACAACAUCACCCUGGAGUGGACCUUCACCCCCAAACCUGGAACCUCCUCCAGACCUCCUGACAUCUACUGUGAACUCAGAACUUAUCUCAGACCCUUAGUCCUGUUUCUUGUGGUGAACGGAGUUGAGAUGACCUUUUAUCACGAUCAACAGUUUAGAGGACGAGUCCAGAGCGACAGAGAUGCUCUGAGAGAGGGACGACUAAGACUCCACAUGUCCAGACUCAGGACUGAGGACUCAGGACAGUACUGGUGUAGACUGGACACAGAGUCUGGAUGGGGGUCUGCCAGCUGUGAAGUCCUCGUCUCUGCAGCUGCUGAUCUUCCACCUCAGACACCAACGAUGAUCCCAGAACAAGAACCUCAGGAGACGACCAGAUCCUACGAUGAAGCAGGAGUUGUUGCAGCAGCUGCUCUUCUUUUUUUAUUUUUUAUUUUUAUUUUAUUUUUUUUAAUUUUUUUAUUGAGAUCAAUAGCCAAAGUAACAAUGGUACAUACAUCUUCAUAACUAUUUUGAAGAAAAAAAAACAAUAGAACGAUCACUACAUUCAGUGACCGUGGUGUACCAAGUAUCACUAAAAGAAAAUCACAAGUCAAAGAUUUUUUUCCCUUUUUUUUUAACCCCUCCAACAUAGAAACAUAAAAAUAAAAUAAAAAUAAAUGGAUAUAGUG